ACUUUAAUUGGGCAACAAGUUACCGUGGAAUUGAAAAACGAUCUUGCUAUCACUGGCAUUCUUACUUCAGUUGACCAAUUCUUAAAUAUCAAGCUUGAUGAAAUCCGGGCUGUAGAUGAUGCAAAAUAUCCACACAUG